GUCAUCUUCCAUCCAAGUCUCAACCCUAACCCUAAUUAUCUCAACAAUCACCACCAUGUCCACCACCACCACCACCAUCACCAUGAAAGAAGUGAAGAAAGACCACAUCUUAAUAUUCCCAUUCAUGGCACAAGGCCACACCAUCCCACUCCUCCACCUUGCCACCUUCCUCUCAACCCACCACCACCACCUCCAAAUCACCAUCAUCACCACCUCCGGCAACGCUCCUUUUCUCCAGCAAUACCUCCCAUCUUCCAUCAACCUCUCCAUCUUCCCAUUUCCUUCCUCUCCUCUCCUCCCAACCGGCGUUGAAUCCACUGAUCACCUCCCUUCUAUGGACCUCCACCCAAUCUUCGCAGCCACCACCACCAAUCUCCGGCCACACUUCCACAACCUCCUCCACUCCCUCCACCUCUCCAACUCCCUCCCACUCUGCCUCAUCUCCGACUUCUUUCUCGGCUGGACUCUCGACGUCUGCCGUCUUUUCUCCGUCCCUCGUCUCGUCUUUCACGGCAUGUCCACCUUCUCUAUGUUCAUCUGCAAGUCUCUCUUUGUCCACCAACCCUACUCUUCCGAAGAUGAGCUCUUUCAAAUCCCCGGUGCUCCUCCUUCUCUUCUCCUCUCUCGCCACCAACUCCCUGACACCAUUCUAACCUCCGGCGACCCUAACAACCCUGUAACUAUCUUCCUCUCCGAGAUCGGUGCCACGGAUAUCAACAGCUGGGGUGUAAUCGUCAACAGCUUCUCUUUCAUUGAACGUGGUAGUACACUAAACUCUUUGAAUCAUUCUACCAGAACGGAGCUCGUGCAUGGCUUCUUGGCCCUUUCUCUCUUCUCUCUCCCCAAACUCAGAAAAGAAGACGAUGACUGCCUCCAAUGGCUAGACGAGAAGAAGAAGAAGAAGAACUCAGUGGUUUACGUGUCAUUUGGGACACAAACACACGUGACGGCGGAGCAACUUGAAGAGGUGGCGGCGGGGUUGGAGACGGCGGAGUGUGAGUAUCUCUGGGUGGUGAGACAUGCUUCAUGGCGGCCGCCGGCCGGAGAGACAAUUCCUCACCGGAGAGAGAGAGGAAAGAUUGUACGGUGGGCACCGCAACGUGAGGUGUUACAGCAUGAAGCAGUGGGAGGGUUUGUGAGUCACUGUGGGUGGAACUCAGUGUUAGAGAGUAUGGUGGCCGGCGUUCCGGUGCUGACGUGGCCGAUGAUGGCUGAGCAGGCACUCAAUGAGAAGAUGAUUGUUGAUGAGCUUGGAGCUGGAUUGAGGUUGAGGAAAGUGGGUGAAGAUGGGGUGGUGAAGAGGGAGGAGAUAAAGGAUGGAGUUAGAGAGUUAAUGGUGGGAGAGAAAGGGAAGAGAGUGAGGAUGAAGAUGGAGGAGCUUGGAAGGAUGGCAAUGGAGGCAGUUGAAGAUGGAGGGAGUUCUCACAAGAGUUUGAGUGAACUCAUUGAAGAGCUUCAGAGAUGCAGGACUAAUGGAAGAGAUGAUGAUCAAGGUUUGGAAAUGGAGAAGGUGGCCAUUGAUGCUAAUUCUCUAUUAGAGUAUCAGGAUUGCAUUCAAAUAUCUUGAGUUUUUUUUUGU